AUGAUAUGCGUUUGCAGAUGUGUGGUCGUCGGUGACGGUGCUGUGGGCAAGACUUGUCUUCUGAUCAGCUACACGACAAACAAGUUCCCCUCCGAAUAUGUGCCUACUGUCUUUGAUAACUAUGCCGUUACCGUUAUGAUUGGCGAUGAGCCAUACACUCUAGGCCUCUUCGACACCGCAGGACAAGAAGAUUACGACCGUCUGCGUCCGCUCUCGUAUCCACAAACCGAUGUCUUCCUAGUCUGCUUCUCCGUCACCUCGCCCGCGUCCUUCGAAAACGUCCGAGAGAAAUGGUUCCCUGAAGUCCAUCACCACUGCCCCGGUGUCCCCUGCCUGAUUGUCGGCACACAGACCGAUUUAAGAGAUGACCCCAGUGUAAGGGAGAAGUUGGGGAAGCAGAAGAUGAGUCCAGUGCGGAAGGAGGAUGGCGAGAGGAUGGCAAAGGAGUUAGGGGCUGUGAAGUAUGUGGAGUGCAGUGCUUUGACGCAGUAUAAGUUGAAGGAUGUGUUUGACGAGGCAAUCGUGGCAGCACUCGAACCCCCGGCGCCAAAGAAGAAGCACCGGAAUUGCCUGAUUCUUUAA